AAGUUAGUCUGUUGCGCUUGCGGCCAAAGUAAGCUUUGCCGAUCAGCGAUCACCUAGCUAUUACUGUUACUUGGCCAAAACCUUGGCGACAUUAUCACUGCGCAUUCAGUUAGUUUUCGACCGUUGGCGCGUUUACGACGUCUUACCACUGCCCGUUGUGGUGUUGCGCGAACGUAAAGAGGAUUUUGUGUAAAAAAAAAACAAUCGAGACUAUUCGUAUACUUCUUGCGAUUACAGUGUUGCACUGUUGUUUUCACGCUAACAAAUUACUAUUAUUUGGCGUUUUUACUGGCUACAAUAAGCGCUUUCUGUUGAUAACAAGUGAAGCGUGAAAAAGUGACAACAAUUCCGUUGGAUUUCCCUUUCUUCGGUGACGCUACAUGCUAAAAGCCAAACAAACAAAGCAAAGCACAGAAAUUGUAAGAAACUUGCGGUAAAUAGUACAAAAAUAAAUGCAACAACAACAACAUUGAAAUGAAUUGCAGCGCUUAACAGUUGGUGUAAAGCGUAAUCUACUUACGGUUUUUAAUUAAAAAAUAUGAAAUUGAAAUAAAUUUUAAGCUCGGUAAUAGCUGUGUGAAAAAUAGCUGUUAAAUUUGUUGCAAAAAUCUUAAAAUUUUAUUUUUUCGCUUAUUUUAAUUGUGCAACGCCUGUGGUGAAAGUGUGUUGGCGCAAUCAAAAAUCAGAUAUUAUAUAUAUGUGUGCAUAUAUAAAGCGCCAAAAAAGCAUCCAUUUAUAUAUUUGCACCAAAAAUAAAGUUGAAACAAGUGUGCGAAGUAGUCAGUGACCGUUUUGAAAGCCUUCAACGCCAAGUGAAGCUGUGUGGCAACUUGUGGUCGCAUUGUGUUGCAAGCGAGCUACGCUGAUUGGUGCGCAACGUGCAUAUAUAACGGCUAUUUAAGGAAAAACAGGAGACGCCAACUUCCGACAACAAAGCAGCUCGGCGAGCACGCGAGCGUAUAGAAAGGAAGAAAACUUGUUCCAAGGCGGAACGGUUGCGAAAGAUAAAUAAUAUAAAAAUAAACAUAAGCAGCAAUUAAAGGAAAAUCCUGUGAGAUUUCAACAUGGCGAAACGCGUGUGGUAUUGCGUGGCGUUGCUGUUUUUUGUCACCAACAUCAUGGCUGCGGAUAUACUGAUGGUCACAAUGGGCGGCACCAAGUCACAUAAAAUUCCCUUCUGGGAGUUGGCGAAAGGACUGAUACACAGAGGUCACAACAUCACAUUCCUUAAUGGCUUUCCGUCAGAUUUUCACAUUAACGGCUUGCACGAGAUCACACCAGCAGGCUUGGUUGAGUACAUACAGAAUUAUACGAACUGGGAUUUAUUGGGGUCACGCAUGUCUGGCGAGAUGCCUUUAUCUAUGUGGGACGCAUUUCGAUAUGCAUUUCAAUCCUGCGAUGCCAUGCUGGAGGAUGCCGAGACUAAGGCGCUCAUGAAUCGUAACUUCGAUUUGGCUAUCUUGGAUGGCGCAUUUCCCGAGUGCGCACUCGGCAUGGUCUAUCAAUACAAAAUACCGUUCAUGUAUAUGAAUACAGUGGGCUUCUACACCGGCAGUCUGGCGAAGUCUGGCAAUCCCGGCUCUUACGCGAUAACGCCGAAUUUCUAUACAAGCUUUACGGACACGAUGAAUAUCUUUCAGCGUGCGGUGAAUACGGGCAUACAAGUGUUUCAGGAUGUUAUGCAUAAGCUCGUCAUGGCGUUCGUUUAUCGCGUGAUGCGUGAACGCAUUGACAUAAAUAUACCGCAUCCCUAUGACAUCUCGAAGAAUGUCAGCUUCAUACUACAGAAUGGACACGCUGUCGUGUCGUAUCCACGCGCGCUCAAUCCAAAUGUCGCCGAGAUUGCUUGCAUACACUGCAAGCCGGCCAAGCCACUGCCAAAAGAUCUUGAAGAGUUUAUUGCGUCCGCGGGCGAAUCCGGUUUCAUUUAUGUCUCUAUGGGUUCCUCAGUGAAGGCCGCAAACAUGCCGGAGUCGCUGCGUCGUUUGUUGGUGAAAACAUUUGCACGUCUGCCAUAUCAUGUGCUCUGGAAGUAUGAGGGUGAUGCUUCUGAAAUGCAUGACCUCACGGCUAAUGUGCGCCUGAGUCGUUGGUUGCCACAGCAGGAUAUUUUGGGGCACCACAAAUUGCGCGCCUUCGUUACACAUGGCGGUUUGCUAAGCAUGUUCGAGACAGUGUACCAUGGUGUUCCCGUUGUUACAAUGCCAGUCUUCUGUGAUCAUGAUGUGAACUCUGCCAAGGCGGAGGUGGAUGGUUAUGCGAUCAAACUGCAGUUGGAGACCUUAACUGUUAGUCAGCUCUAUAAAGCGAUAAUGAAGGUCAUACAUGAUCCACAAUACCGAAACGCGGCGAGAUCGCGGCAAAGAUUGUUGACUGAUCAACGUACUAGUCCUUUGGAAACAUCCAUUUACUGGACGGAGUAUGUGCUGCGUCAUAAAGGAGCCUACCACCUGCAAUCGCCGGCAAGAAAUAUGAGUUGGAUUCAAUACUAUCUUAUUGACGUAGUCGCUCUCUAUAUGGGCGCCAUCUAUCUAAUCUAUUAUCUGCUGAAACGUUUACUCUCUCGCCCCGAUGUCAUACAUCAAAGCAUACGUCACGCUCAUCACCAUGUCAAAAAGCUCAAAUAAUUACUCAUUAAUUACUAAAGCUCAACUAAUAAUGUUGCUUGGUGAUAUUCAAUUAUGGAAGUGUGUCGCAGUAGAGAGUACUUCCGGCCUCUCUCUUCAGCUGCAAUAUGUUCUUAUUCUUGGAAGAGGACAUUGCUUACAGUGUGUGUGUGUGAAAAUAUUUUCGACUUUUUCUUUUGUGUUGAAAAAGUAACUGUAAAUAUUGUAACUACAUAAACUUAUUUAAUAUUAUAUUUAAUUAUUAUGUGUACAAAAGCGUGUGGCAACUCUCAAAUAUUGUAUAUUUAAAGUGGAAUGAAGAAAAGCUACCGAAGAAAAUUUAAUUACUGUUAAUGUUAUAUGCUUUGGCAUCAUUCAUAUUCUACCAUUAUUAAUGUGUUCUUUUGACCAAAAUUCCGAAAAUUAUUUUAUACAACAAAACCAAAGUCAAAUUAAAUUAAAAAAUGUAUGUGAAAUUUGUUUGAUUUAUUUAAUGUUUGUUUGUUUAUGUGUUAAUUUUCAUUUGGCAAUGUAUAUAAUCUCGCUGUUGUUUAAAAAUGCUUAAUUAUAUAAAUUA